AUUAGGAAACUGGGCGCAACCAAGUCAAGGAGGGAAGGAUUAGAGAGCAAGAGAGCAAACGCAGGGCAAAGAAGGAAAGAGGGAGUUUUGAAGGAGAAUAACUUUUUGGUUUUUCAGUCUGAUUUUGAAUUAAAGGAGAACUUGGGGUUCUCACACUUUCUCCUUUUUUCUUUCCUUCACACUCACUCCACUCUUUGUCACCAGCUGCAUGGUCAUGAUCUGCCCUUCCAGCUCCUCCAUUGGAUUCCUCCUCCUCCUGAUUGGCUAUGCUGCUGCAGGACCCGAUCCUGACCUGCGGCCUCGAGCGGUGCGUUCAAGUGCCUGUCAGGAGCACACAAAUCUUCACAACCGCCUGGAUGUAGUGGAGAAGAAAGUAGAGGACACAGUUGAGAAGUUGGAGGUUGAGCUCACUACUCUUCUGGAAUCCAUUAAUGCCCCCAAAUGGCGCCCCCUGUUGGACAAUGCGGGGCAGACAACUGUGGACAUCCUGGAAGAUCCAGAGCAGAGAAGUCAGUCCUGAACCAAGCAGAUGUUGAUGGAGAAAGGACUUGAGAAAGCUAUUAAACUUUGAAUGGUGUAUUCUGUUUUCGUGACCUAAAUGUUAACUUUUACAGAAACUUUGUAUGCAUAUAUUCUGUAUGUCAAAAUGAAAUUUGCAUUCUAAAAGAGGAUGCUUGUUUUUGCA